GUUCCGUUCCGUAGAGUAGUAUCGCACCGCGCCGUUCGCCACCCGCUAUCCACAGCAGUUUCAGCCAGCCGCCCGCCCGACUACUUGCCAGUGUCCCACCGCACGUCGAACCGUUUGCACUCAGAAGCGAUCAGGGAGCCCUUCCGUCCCUCCAGCCGGCCUUCUUGCCUGCCUGCCAGCUUGACUGCCGAUCUCUCCCACCUCCUCUAACUCCCUUUACUUCUACCUUCAUCUCCACCUUCAACGCUGCUACCACCUUUACCUCAUCCCUUACUGUUCACACCAUCAUACCACGCGUCUUCCACCUCCUCCUUCUUCACUUUGUGAGCUCAGUAGUAACUUGGGCUAUCCUUAUCUCUCUUUCUCAAUCGUUUCUUUUCUUUGCCGUCAGUCACACACUCUUGGUACUUGAAAGAGUGCUGGUUAUAUCCCUUUUUCUCUUUCUCACUUCCACCUCCUUUUAUCCAAACUCUUUCUUCACCUUCUCAGUCUUUCUCAGUUGUUCUUCCUCUUUGCUCAUUCGUUCGUUCGUUCGUUCGUUCUUUCGUUGGUUCGUUCGCUUGCGGGCGCAUUUAACCUCCCGUACGUUCCACCUCCUCCCUUCUUUCCUCACGCCGCCAGACGUCUCGAUCUCCCUCUCCCGAUCCCUCUCUCUUUCUCUCUCUCACGCGCGCGCAUGCCGAGCAAGCGUCCUCAACCGUCCUUCCUACUACUAGACGGAGAGAGGGAGACCCAUUUCCCUCCCACUUGCGGCCACUGUCUCUCUUUACCUCUCUAUAUUUUUCUCUCUUUCUAUCACACUUGAACACACUGCCGGUGUAUACUCUCCCGCUGUCACCUGAUCGCGGGACGCUUUUCGCGGGUGAGAUACCGCUCGGCCACCGAGUCACCGAGUCUGCCGUUGUUCGUUCUUCUCCUCCUUUUCCUCCUUCUUCUUCUUCUUCUUCAUCUUUAUCUUCUUCCCCCUCCUCUCACUCUCUUAGUCCUCUUACUUCCUCCUCCUUAUGCGAUCUUACCGUGCACAAGAGUCGACUUUGCCGCGUGCGCCUGAAUCCUAAGCGUGUGAGAGAUGGUAGCUUCCGACAGAAAGGAAGAAAAAGAAGAAAAGAAAAAAAAGGAAUAAAGGAGAAAGAAAAAAAAAAAGAAAGAGAGGAGGAGGUCUCAAGCGACGUCGGCUGAGACGCACAAGAGUGGUUGUCCCUCGUUCCUUCUCAUUCACUCACUCAGUCAGUCACUCACUCACUCACUCGUUUGCUCACUAACUCAACUCUCUUUCUUUCUCCCGUACCAUCACGAUCUCUCACACCACUUACCAUCAUCCUCUCUCUUCCUCCUUUCACGAAUCCGGAGGGGUGCGUGCGUUCGAAAGUCGAAAAGCCAGAGAGAAGGAAAGAGAGUGACACAUUCUGAGCGUGAACACGCGCCACUACGGAUUUAAGGAAGAAAAGAAGAAAUCGGUAGCAAACUUCAAGAGCUCCAACUACUAAUCAGGACACGGGAUUUCCUUCUGUGGGGAAAAAGAAAAAUACAAAAAGAAAAGAAAAAUCAUCUCUUCUUCUCAUAUCGAUUGGAACAGAUUUCCUGAAUCAUUUCGACGAACGGAAUAAUUGUUGGUAGAUAUCGUGAUCGGAAGUCGUUGGGAUUCUAUAAGGAAAAGAAAAAGAAACAAUUGAAGAGUACCGUGAAUAUAGUUAGUCGUGCCGACUGAACGAAACGAACGAACGAAUGCCGAUCUAACUAAAAAGUCGGUUUUCUUGUCAGGAACGUCGUUGUCGUCGUCGUGUACGAGAAGGCACGCAGCAGACGAGAUCGGGCGCACGUGCGUUCUAAAUGCAUUAAUCGCACUAUGGCGACUGCGACGAUGGGUCUUCGCCGUAGGGUACCGGUUAACAAUUCGCCAACGCCUUCUGGUCAUUCUUCCACGAACGUUUCUGCCUCUAGCAAACGUUCCAGAUCGGAGAAUAACAAUAGUCCAUCUCAGGGGAACUUAAAUUCGGUGAAUGGUUCUAGAGAGGAGCCACCGACAAAGAAGUCACGUGGUACGACCACCAGCGGUGGCAAAAGCAAUGCUUCCUCGAGCUCAUCGUCAGCCUCCAAUAAUUCCGGAUUAGUUUCCCUGACGGAGACUAAUUCGUCGAGCAAGAGUCGUGGGAGUUCCAUUUCCAGAUCGAGCAAUCAAACGAAGUCAUCAUCAUCGACGUCAUCAUCAUCAUCGUCAUCAUCUGGUAAUAAUAAUUCGAACGUUGUCAAUGGCGAUCAUCCUUCGAACGUUCCAGCGAGCAAUUGGUCAACAGCCACUUCAAACAUGUCGGACGUGUCGACUUACGCUGCAGUCACGGGAUUAGCUAUGACGAACGGGCAAGGUAGCGGACUCUGUGCCACCAACCUUGGCAUGACGACAUCGAUACCACCAUACAUGUCUACGUCAAUGGCAACCUUCGUUGGGAACGCGACGAAUCUCGGUAAGAGUUCGUCGGUGUCUUAUCUCGAUAUAUCCAACAUGACCAGCGGUUCCUUGGGCUCUUCGAACGCCACGAACUCUCUGGCCUCUGGUUACGGCACCAAUAAAACCACCGGCACGAAUCUUGAUUCGAAUUCCACCGGUGUAAAGACGAUGGCAUUUCCAGGUAUCCCGUCGGCGAACGUGAAUGCGAAUGGUUACGGUUCGGCACAGCAAAAGGGGCAAAACCAGACGGAUAGCGUGGCACUACCGAAGAAGUUUCAGAAUGAUGGCAUGUUCAAUGCCUAUCAGCCCUGGGUGAUAAAGACUUACGGUGACUUGGCAAAGACGAAAACAAUCACGAUCAAAAAGUAUGCGCGUAUUUUGCGAACUCUGCGAGGGGAGGAAGUGAACAGUGCAGAGAACAGUAAGUUUAGGUUUUGGGUAAAGAGCAAGGGCUUCCACAUCGGUCAACCGGAAGGUUACGACGCUAAACCAGCGGAUAGAAUCGUUGGCCGUCAUGCGGUUACCAAUCCCGGAUUGGAUCCUCCUCUUUACGUGCCUACACAGUUGCCACAUAAUAAGGCAUUGAACGGUGCAGAGGGUACGGUUCCACCAGGAAGAAUUUACAAAAAGGUCGCCAUAGUGGAGAAUUUCUUCGAUAUUAUUCAUGCCGUCCACGUUGACCUUGAGGGUCGUCCUGGGAAGCAUGCCGGUCAAAAGCGCACCUAUCGGACGAUCACAGAGACUUACGCCUUUCUACCAAGAGAAGCAGUUACGCGAUUUCUUUUAGGAUGUACCGAAUGUCAAAGACGACCAAGAACACCCAGUCCUACCAAUCUAUCCAAUCAGUCAACACAUCAAGUUGCACUUUCGUCAACGAUAACGUCUACUACGUCGUCAGGAUCAACGACUACGACAACGUCGUCAACGUCAACAAGAUUGAGUCCUACUACUACCACUACUACUACUACCACUGGUUUAUCAACGUCACAAAGUAACAAUGUUAAUAAUAAUAACAAAUCGAGAGAUACCACGGAAAGUAAAAAUCUUUACAAUUAUAGACAUCAAAAACAUUUGAAAAAUAAUAAUAACAAUAACGUUGUCGUCAUUGCAAAUAAUGUUACGGAGACGAAAAAUGAUAAAGACAAAGAUGAGAAAUAUAAUCCAUUGAGUAUAACCAAUUUAUUGAAAAAAGAACCAACGAAUAAUGGUGGUUUCUUAUCGAGUACGGAAAUUCUACCAGAAUCUCGAAGAACUCCAGAAUCUGAUCGGGCGAGUUCAAGGAGUUCGGCUUCGUCUAAAAGGAAGAGGAUGCUGCCGGAGGGUCGGACUCCAUCUCCGCAGCCGAGUCAACCGUUGCCAAGGCCUUGGAGCCCGGGAUUGGAUCCCAAGAACACGCCCAUCGACUACAGUCUUCCCAUUACUACCUCGUACUUAAAACAUCAGCAAAGGAUGGCUGAGAAGAAUAAAGCAUUAAAGGAAGCUGAGGAAGAACAACAACAACAACAACAACAGCAACAACAGCAACAACAGAAAAUUACUGCAAUGGAAAUUGACACAGAUAACGUUGAAGGUGAAAGAUUUUCACCUGCAGCUGGUUUAAUAGACACAAAUCUCAAUUUAUUAGCAACCAUUCAAGAUUUACAUUUCCAAGUGAUGUUAGCGUUAAAUGAAAGGCUCAGACCGUCAAUCGCAAUGCCGAAUCCUCUCGUAUUACCAUCAGCUCACAUCAUAUCCGGUCCCAUGAUCACAGGUUCCGAGGUGUCCGUGCAAACUGGAGAACAUCACUUGUGAACUCCUAUUUUCUAGCAUAUCGAUCGGUGCUUUGAUCUCGAUAUAAACCUUUCUAAAUUCAAAAGGACAUAUCUCACAAUUUCUCGUCCUUAAAACUCACCUAUUUAAUACCUUAAUUAGUAUUCCAUCCAUUUUUCAAACCUAACAUUAUUCAAAUUCUUAUCAAUAGACAAAUCCUUGAAGUUUCUCGUUUUUUUUUUUUUUGAGAAAUAUAUUAAAACUAUGACGUCCGGUGGCUCCACUUUGGUGCCAUUCGAAAAUUAUAGAUAUAAUUAUAUUAUAUAUAUAUAUAGGACGGCAUAGUGUUAAAAUAGAUGAAUUUAUUAUAUUUGCAAUUUAAUCCUUUUUUGGGUCCUUAAUUGAACUUUAACAAAUUAGAAUAAAUAAGUUCGUGUGAAUUAUUGUAACAUUUGUGAGAAACAUUUAUCAUUCGAUAACGUGAAAGGUGUUUUUUUUUUGUUCACGUCUCUAUCAAAUCGAAUUAGAAUCGAUUGAUUUCGAUAUAUAGAAAUCGAUAGGACGAAUAGAAUAAUUUCGUGAGUUAUCUCGAAAUGGCUAAAGGGGAUGGGAGGGUGAGUUGUACGACUGAGAAUUCUCAUCCUCAUCCCUCAUCUCUCGUUGUCGUUGUCGUUGUCGUCGUUGUCAGUCACAACCACCGACAAAAUUGUGGUAACGGUGUGAUGGGUUUCUUGAUAUCCUAUUGGAUAUCAGUUGCUCCUAAAAUAGACACAAUUGUUUUAGAAUAAGAGUCGAUGUCUCUCGAAACGCGAGGUCAUACGACCAACGAACGCGAAAUCUCCCGAAUGAAUAUUCCAAUCUCUCACAUCCGUGUAUUUAAACUAAUCCUCGUCUCUGUUAAAUAAUUUUUAUUCUUUUUAUUAUUAUUAUUAUUAUAAUAAUAAUUAUUAUU